CGGCCACAUGUCUAUUGGUUGGAUUACCCCUGAGCAGGUGUAAGGGAUGGCACAGGUGCAGGAGAGUGGGUGUCUGAGGAUGCACCUGACUCAGCCCAGAGCGGCUCCUGCUGUGUUCAGCGGGCUGCACGCCCACGCUGGUAUUUUGGUGAGCGUUACAGAACCACUGAGCUAUCUGGCCUGCCCUCCCCCAGGACGUAGCUCUCCUAUAAAAGGGCUGAGCAGCUCAGCUCCUCUGACUGGGGCGUGGAGAGCAGGGGGACCAUGGACACCAUCAGCAUCCAGCAGUUGGUGUGUGGAGACAGAGUUGAAAGGAAAGUGUUGGGAUGUGGACGGGGAGCUCCUGAUCCUGGAGGCGGGCCCAGGGCCUGGAGGCUGGGAGCCCAAGAGGCUGUGGCCCGGGAGCGGUGGAAACUGGAAGAAGAGAAGAAGAAGAAAGUUGAGAGGUUUAACAGCUCCAGACUGAAUCUGGAGACCCUGGCUGACUUGGAGAACUUGGUUCAAAGACGCAGAGAAAAGCGACUGAAACGGAGAGUCCCCCCCAGGGCACCUGAGCCCGUGGCUAAGCCACAGCCCCAGGCCCAGCGGGAGCCUGUGGACCUGGAGAUGUUCCUGAAGGCAGCUGCUGAGAACCAGGAGGCCCUGAUUGACAAGUACCUGACAGACGGAGGGGACCCCAGUGCCCAUGACAAGCUGCACCGCACCGCCCUGCACUGGGCCUGCCUGAAGGGUCAUGGCCAGCUCGUGAACAGGCUGUUAGAGGCGGGGGCUUCCGUGGAUGCUCGUGACCUGCUGGACAGGACACCUGUGUUCUGGGCCUGCCGUGGAGGACACCUGGACAUCCUCAAACAGCUGCUAAACCAGGGAGCCCAGGUCAACGCCCGGGACAAGAUCUGGAGCACCCCGCUGCACGUGGCUGUGCGCACAAGACACUGUGACUGCCUGGAGCAUCUCAUCGCCUGUGGAGCCCACCUCGAUGCCCAGGACAAGGAAGGGGACACGGCUCUGCAUGAGGCCGUGCGGCAUGGCCACUACAAAGCCAUGAAGGUGCUGCUGCUCUACGGAGCCAAGCUGGGUGUGCAGAACGCGGCUUCGGUGACCCCGGUACAGCUGGCACGGGACUGGCAGCGGGGCAUCCGCGAAGCACUGCAGGCCCAUGCCGGGCAUCCCCGCACCCGGUCCUGACGACAGCACCCUGUAGGGUCACUUCACCGCCACCAUUCCAUCCCUUUCACCUCCCAUCCUUACGUCCUCACCAUCACCCGCACCCCUCAGCUGUCCUCAGCUCUCUCCCUCCGGGGGCUGCUUCCUCAGCCCACCCCACCAGGACUGAACAGCAGCGCGAUAAAGCAGACCCCUGCCCAAGUGUCAGGGAUGGCUUGUUCCCUGCCAGGGUGUGGGUUCGGGAAGGCUGCCCAGGACCACAGGGAAGCAAGAGGGGGGCCAGGUGAGGACUGUGCAGGAGGGUGGCACUCCAGCACAGAGCAAAACUGAAUAGUCCUAAGCCUCGGGCUGCCCAGGGCUGGGCGCUAGAUGUCCUUGGUGUCCCUGAUGCUCAGUCUGGGAGACUGUGCCCCCCCCGCCCCUGGACCAGUUUCCUCUGGGUUUGUGUGUGUGUGUGUGUGUGUGUGUGUGUGUGUGUGAUCCAGCAUGAGGCCAGCAGCUGCCAUCCAGGCGUUCCUGCAGUUGGCCGAGGCCCUUGGGCAGGGGAUUUCUCUGGGAAUUCCAUUCCUAUCAGUAGCAACCCUGAUAGUGUGUGGAGUGGCUCCACGCAGCUUUGGCCUUAGGGAUUCUGGAGUUGGGUCUGGCAGUUGAGGGGCAAGGGGGCGGGGGCGGUCACAGGUUUGAGGCCCCCUGCAGCCCAAGUCCAGUACCAACCUGGUUGCCUCAGAAGCCCUAAGACUGGUGCUAGAGCUGAUGUUUUAGGGAAAUCUUGUGUCUACUGGCCCAAGGCUUCGGUCAGCCUGCCUGCUGCUCUCUAGUUGGCCAGCUGGUGGCGCUUUUGUAGGGGUGAAAUGCCUGGGAGCUGGGGAUUGCUUGUGGCCCACCCAGCUUUUGGGGUGGCGGCCCGUAACCCUACUUUGCCUCAGGCGAUGUCACCCUAGCACUAGAGCUUGAGCCCUGGCCUGGACCGUACAGCUGCACCUGCUCUGCUUCACCCCACCACGCAGGGGGACACCAAGGAGCUAGUGGCUUAGCCCCGGAGGGGAAGCACUGCCUACUGCCCCUCCUCCUCUCUUGAGGGGUGGCACAUUUAGGACCCAGCUUCGCACAAGUCCUCACCAAGGUUCCUUCCUUCCACUGCCUUUUCUGUUUGACGUCGCAUUGGCGUAGACCCAUACUGCUGGCGGGCCUGGGUCCUGAACUGGCAGGAAGUGAAUUUUUAAGGAACUCUGCCCUAAAUGGAGAACCGCAGGCUGAGGUAUGGGCUUUAAGAUGAAAGGUAUCAGCCUCCCUCAGGUACAAAGUACCUGGAUGGACAUCCGUUUUGCAGCAGUUCUUUUCUACCCUAACACUGGUGACCUUUUCAGGCCGAGCAUAAGGCCAUUCUUACUAUGUGACAAAGCGACUACAGCUCCCACCAGGAGCCACACAUCUUUUCCCACUGACAGCUCCUACCCUGUGGGGAACUGUGCUGACAGUUCACCAGGCACUGGAGCCAUAAGGAGAAACAGGAAUUCAAGUUCAUGGAGAAGACUCCCCAUCUAGAAGAUGGGGACCCUUAUGUGACAGUCAAAAACACCUUUUUAUACACAUCAAUAUUUUUUGUUCAUUAAAACUGGUUGACUAUCCAUCACA